CAGAAAGGUGGGUGGCCGGAAAGGUGGGGUCGAACGUUUGGUAACAGAUGAUUCGAUUGUGCCCCUCAACACCGCCACGAUAAGCAUCCGAGCAUCCCACCUUUGACACGCUUAUCCUCUUUGGGGAGAAAGUAAAUAGUCUCGCGGUUGCGACUUUACCGGAUGUGUGACAUUAGACUAAGAGAGCUCCUCAAUUUGAGACCUGGAGCACUUGACAACUCACAUCAGCUAUAACGUGGAUCGCCCGUGUUCGAGGUUCCUGCUGGAGCAUUCUGCCAUUUUACCACCUUCAAUUUACUCAGGCGCAUCGUUCAGCGGAUAACAAAGAUAUCCUCAUAUACCAGAGUCAAAUUGCGACAUACCCCCGAUGCAGUCCAAAACAGCCUCUUCAGAGUCUGUUCAGUCAGUAUUAAGAUCUCUGGCUGCCAACCAAGAGAUCUCCAUCCUCAAACUCUCCGAACCAAUCUCUACCAACGCAUCUGCAUCGCAAGACCCCAAUCAACGUACCUCCGAUGUGUCCAACUCCUCGCUCGACGCGCCGACACCCGCCUCGCUCGAAGCAGACCUGACGCACUACCGCGAACUCUUCUCCAAACUGCGCUUCAGCUACGUCGAACAGGUGACUAAGGAGAAGUUCAUACGCGCCAUCGUUGGCGACCCGCCCUUAAUCGUCAGCCCACAGGAAAACUUCGACCUGGAGAAGCAGAAUGUGGCGGCAAAAGCGGAGCUCAAGGCGUUGAAAACAGAGGUGGCGGACAUGGUCACGGAACUUGAGAAGAGGGGACGGGAGUUGUCGAAGCGGUACGAACAAGUCCAGAUAGAGACAGCUCGGCUAGAGGAACUGCCUGCGAAUAUCUCGGGGCUGGAGAAUGCGAUUACCGAGUUGAAGAAGAGUGACGUGGAUGGAGGGAGCCAAAAUCCAGAAUUGAAUCUCCCACUUGCCAAGACGGCGGACCUUGUCGAGGCAAAGAAGCGACAGCGGGAUAACCUCGACCGGCAGCUAGAGCAGUUGCAGAACCAGAUGCCGCGGAAGAAGAAGGAGUUGGAGAGACUGCAGGCCGAACUUCAGCCAUUGGAAACAAAGAGACAGAACAGCACUGCGACGGCAAGGGAAGCAAGGAGACGGAAGGAGGACGCAGUGGGUGGUGUUGAGGAUGACCUGGAGGAAAGGGGGCGCUGGCUUAGGGCCGCGGAAGCUGGACUAAAGCAGAUGCUACAGAUUGAGGGUUGACAGAGUGCGGUUCUAUAUGACAUGGUGUUUGGAGUACAGAGUUGGCAACUGGCUAUGAGAUGACGGAAUGGGUUCAUCUUUAUUUCAGUAUGGACGAUUACUUGUGAUGCUUUAACAGAGCUGCACUGUUGGAAAUUGAUAUCCCAAGACCCAAUUUAUGUUUGAUUCAACCUCAUCAAAGCAACGCAAGGCCGUUGCUCACAAUCAGACAUCCCAAUAGAAUUGUCUGUUGCGAUCUGCUUCCAUUUACCCACGAUAGCGAACUCGGAUUGUUUCCCUUAUUCUACUGACGCCUGC